AUGGCGUCCUCCAAUGGCCUUCCAGACGAGGUCACGGUCUGCCUACAGAACGCCCGUUUUCUCCAUCUCGCGACUUCCGCCAACAAUGUCCCGCACAUCUCCCUCAUGAACUACACCUACCUUCCCUCGACGCCCUAUUCCCCGCAUCCUACCAUAAUCAUGACCACACCACCUUCAUCGCAGAAAACCCACAACCUAGAGUCUAAUCCACUCGUCUCCUUACUAGUCCACGACUGGGUAUCCCACCGCCCACCUACCCUCGACGCAACCGCCCGCUCACCCUCCCCGACCCGCGGCGGUCCCCGCCCUGGCUCCCUCGCCGAGCUCCUCCUGGGCAUGAAUACCGCCUCGCUCUCUCGAAUCAGCACCACCAUCAACGGACUCGCGCAAAUAAUACCCAGCGGUAGUGACGAAGAAGCAUGGUACAAGGCGGAACAUCUGGCGAACAACACUUUUGGCCCGAGCGAGGAUUCUUACUCAAGUUCCCCUGUUGGCGGCGGAUUAUGGGGCGGCGGUGGGCUGGAACGGCAGCAUCGGGACAACGAUACAGUGGAAGGCGAUGGUGGUUCAAGGUGCUAUGUGGAAGGCGAGGAGGUGAGAGUGGUCGUCGUGCGCAUACGAGAUGGGAGAACAGCCGAUUGGAAGGGUCAAGUAAGAGACUGGGUCGUUGGAGACGCUGGGGGAGAGAAUUUGGUGAACGGCGGUUGA